CGCCACCCCCCUCGCCAAUAAGUUGUACAGAAAACGAUAAUACGAUAUCCGUUUCAAAACACGUGUCUUGUUUUGGUAUAGGCACAGAGGCAUGUGUCUUAUUAUUACUCUGAGGAAAUUUCAUAAAGUUCGAAAGAAGAAGAAAGUUGAUGGUUCCUAAAUGCAUCUUUAUUACUGUUUGUUUGUAGUCAAAGCAUAUGCUGUGUUGUAGUCGAUAAUAAAAUGUGUUCACAAAUGCCCCCUUUCAAUUUUCUUUUGGGAAAUAAAUAUGUUGAAGAAGAAAUUAAAAGUGAGGAUGACAUUGAGAUUUUUCACCAUAAACUCAAAUCAGAAAAUUGCGAGGAAAAUGUUAGCAAAGGCCCUCACUGUGAAGUGUGUAAGGAAAGCUUUUGUAGGCCAACUGAUUUUUUCAGCACCGAGGCGUUCAUAUCCAAUUGUACCUGCAAAAUCCAAAAUAUCUUUUUGGGUGAAGAUUUGACUGGGGAUGAGAAAUUUUUUUCUGAAGAUGAACAAGAUUUUGGAAUCAUGCUUCUUCAAGAACAAGAAGAAACAGUGUUGGUGAAGAAAGAGGAUACCACUAAUGAAUUAAAAAAAAAAAAGUGUCCCAUAAAAAAAGCAGAAUAUUUUAAUCAUAGAUCCUCAAGAGUUUGUAAUAGAGCGUGUAAAGAAGAAGAAAACCCCUAUAAACUCCCUACAAAAUAUCUUGGUACUAGAAAAAAAUUGAAAUACCAUGCCAACUCGUUGACUGUAGUGGAUCCGUUUCAUUGUAAAAUCUGCUCAAAAUCAUUUUUUCAAAGAAGUCAUUUGGAAUUGCAUGAAAAAACUCAUAUUGGGAAGAAACUAUUCAUUUGUAAUAUCUGUAAAUUAUCUUGUGUUUCUAGCAGCCACUUGAAUAUCCAUUUGAGGACGCAUUCUGGUGAAAGACCUUAUCACUGUAAAUUCUGUUCAAAAUCUUUCAGUAUAUCUGCAACUUUGAAGAAUCAUGAACGGAUACAUACAGGAGAAAAAAAAUUUCAUUGUGAAUUCUGCCCAAAAUCUUUCACUUUUAGGUCUAGUUGGACAGUUCAUAAAAAUAUUCAUACAGGGGAGAAAUCAUUUCCCUGUAUGUUCUGUCCAAAAUCUUUCAGACAAAGAAGUGGUUUGAAUGUCCAUGAAAAAAUUCAUGAGGAGGAAAAAUUGUUUCUUUUUAAAAUCCGGCAAAGAUUUAUUGCUCAAAAUUUGAAUAAACAUGAAAAAAAUAACAGUGGUAAAAAACGGUUUCACUGUAAAAACUGCUCAAAAUCUUUUACACAAAAUAGUUAUGUGAAAGUUCAUGAAAGAAUUCAUACUGGAGAAAAAAUGUUCCAUUGUAAAGUCUGCUCAAAAUCUUUCACUCAAAAAAGUACUUUAACCACACAUGAAAAAUCUCAUACUGGAGAAAAACGGUACCAAUGUAAAAUUUGUAAGAGAUCUUUCACUCAUAAAUGUCAUGUGGUAAACCAUGAAAGAACUCAUAGUGACGAAAGGCCAUAUACUUGUAAAAUAUGUUCAAAAUCUUUCAAAAAUAGUAGUACUUUGAAAGAUCAUGAAAAAAUUCAUACUGAUAUGAAAGUGUUUCAUUGUAAAUUCUGCUCAAAAUCGUUCAAUUAUAAAUCUAAUAUGAUAGUCCAUGAAAGGACUCAUACUGGAAUACUUCCAUAUCAUUGUGAAACCUGUUCAAAAUCGUUCACCCAAAGUGGUGGUUUAAAAUACCAUGAAAAAACGGCACGUCACCAAGAACUCGUUCAAGAAAAAAAGAACAAAAAUGUUAAGACUGAAAAACCUGUAUCGUGUUAGUUUUGCAAGAAAAUCAUGUAAUGUAAAUAUACCUUCAGAUUGAGAAUGUAAAACUGUCAGUUGUCUCGGUGUGUUGUCGGUGAAUGACCAUAAACUAUUAUGGAUGUUGAUGUAUAAACUGAAUAAGAGCCUCAUAGCUUUUAUGAAUAGAUUAAUGUUGUAAAAAGCAA